AGCAGCUGCUCCUGGUAAAGAUGCAGAAGCUGGUGUGUCGAGGAGGAAGAGAGGAGAAUGACAGCCUGCGCAACUUCAAGAACAGUUUACAGCCUGAAGAGUCCAGCCUGUCCCAAGACCCCAAAUCCAGCCCUCGCAUGUCCAGAGCCAGCGUCUUCAUCACACAGAUACUACAGUUUGUCAGCAGGGUGGAUAAUAAGUAUAAGCGUAUGAACAGCAGUGAGCGUGUUCGCAUCGUGAGCUCAGGAAACCCAACGCUUCCCAGAGCAGGCUUCGAAACCCUCAGACAGGAUGACUGUGCAGACCCAUACAGUGAUGUGAGUAGGAGUGUGAACCUGGUUCCGUACAGCCUGGUCUCCCCCCAGCGGGUCCAGAGGAAGAGGCCGGUUCUGAUCAGUCCAAACAGUCUGGCCCGGACCGUUAUACAGAAGAUACUCAACAUGGGCGGAGCCAUGGACUUCAACAUCUGCAAACCAGAUGUCCUAACUAAAGAAGAGUUCUUAAUGAGACAGAGGAUUGACCCCAUCAUCUCCUCCAGAGAGAAAAACCCCAACACCUUCGAGGUUGUCUCUCCUGAGAACAUAGAGGCCGUCGCUGCCAAGGGUAAACACUGUUUGAUGGAGGCUGACGUAAGCUGUGUUAAAGACCUGCUGAGGAGAGAGAUCUACCCAAUCAUCAUCCACAUCAAGAUCUGUGACAAGAACAUCAGGAAGCUAAGGAAGCUGCCUCUUCGUGUGGACAGUGAGGAGGAGUUUGUCAGAGUGUGUCGGAGCAGAGAGAGAGAGCUGGAGAGUGUUCCUAACCCCUCACCUCUAACCCCUGACCUCUGUCUCCAACAGGAAGCUGCCUCUUCGUGUGGACAGUGAGGAGGAGUUUGUCAGAGUGUGUCGGAGCAGAGAGAGAGAGCUGGAGAGUGUUCCUAACCCCUCACCUCUAACCCCUGACCUCUGUCUCCAACAGGAAGCUGCCUCUUCGUGUGGACAGUGAGGAGGAGUUUGUCAGAGUGUGUCGGAGCAGAGAGAGAGAGCUGGAGAGUGUUCCUAACCCCUCACCUCUAACCCCUGACCUCUGUCUCCAACAGGAAGCUGCCUCUUCGUGUGGACAGUGAGGAGGAGUUUGUCAGAGUGUGUCGGAGCAGAGAGAGAGAGCUGGAGAGUGUUCCUAACCCCUCACCUCUAACCCCUGACCUCUGUCUCCAACAGGAAGCUGCCUCUUCGUGUGGACAGUGAGGAGGAGUUUGUCAGAGUGUGUCGGAGCAGAGAGAGAGAGCUGGAGAGUGUUCCUAACCCCUCACCUCUAACCCCUGACCUCUGUCUCCAACAGGAAGCUGCCUCUUCGUGUGGACAGUGAGGAGGAGUUUGUCAGAGUGUGUCGGAGCAGAGAGAGAGAGCUGGAGAGUGUUCCUAACCCCUCACCUCUAACCCCUGACCUCUGUCUCCAACAGGAAGCUGCCUCUUCGUGUGGACAGUGAGGAGGAGUUUGUCAGAGUGUGUCGGAGCAGAGAGAGAGAGCUGGAGAGUGUUCCUAACCCCUCACCUCUAACCCCUGACCUCUGUC